GGCUUCCAAGGCGUCGCGCACAUGACCUCCCCGGACUACGGCACGGGAGACGGCGCAGGAGGGCCCUUGAAAAGGGUGCGCGUUCCCGUGGCGGUGCACCGGGUAGGUUUCAGUCAGAGUCACUAUGGCGGCCGGCGCUGGCAAGGGCGCAAAGUUUCCUGCCUCGGCCGCCACCGCCUGAGCUCGCCGCACUGGCCGCGCGGCGGAGGCUGCGGCGGAGCCAGCCCCGGCCUCCAGGCCUCUCCCUCCCGCUCCGGGCCAGCCUCCCUCCCCCACGCUCCGCCGCCCUCCGGGAGCUGCCGGGCCCCGACAUGCGACCCUCGCGGGGACGGUCCUGAGCGGAGGCGGCCCGAGCGCUGCGCAGGCGGAGCCCCGAGCUCCGCGGGACCGACUUCCCGCCGGCCCGGCGCCCCGGCCUCCGGGCUCAGCGCCUGCCCGCCCGGGCCUGCCGAGCCGGGUCCCCGCCCUGGUCGCGGGGACAGCCGCCCGGUGCCGGGACUCGCGGCCCGCCCCGAGGCUUCUGAGGACCUUCCCGACUGCACCGAGCCAGCCCUCUUCAUGCUGCAGUGCCGCACCGUUUCCGCUACCGAAGGGGAGAAGCGGCCGGGAUCGCAAACAAAACCCGAGAACUGGUGUGUGACUCAUCUGCUCGGAUACCUCCCGUCCCCGGACUGUCUUCCCGGAGUUUUCUUGGCCGAAGCUGCCCAAUGGUUGAGCCUUUUCUUCCUAGGGAAGAUAGACUGA